GCCGGAAGACCUGCCUACGCCGAGUCGCCGAGUCUCAGGGCAUCGAAGCUGUCUCCGGAUGCAGCGCCAUGCGAGCGGACCAGGCCUCCUUGUGGUAUCGGCGAAUGUCUGCUGUUUACGCGUUGGGUACCUGGACCCUUUUGGGCUCCUUGAUUUUCUUCGGCCGGAAAGAUAGCAAACCAUUCGGUGAUGAAGUAGAACAAAAAGGUGUCUCAACAAAUGAAUUCCCUGAGCCAAGUGGUGAAUUAGAGCAAAAGAAUGAAAUAAUUGAGCCCCCAAAGGGGUUUUAUGUGGAAACGAUUGUCACAUACAAAGAAGAUUUUGUUCCAAUUACUGAGAAGAUCCUCAACUAUUGGAAAUCAUGGACUGGUGGCCCUGGACCAGAAUCAUGAUCGACUGCUGAAUUUUGAAAACCAGGACUUUGGUUCAGAUUAUAAAUUUGAUAGAUGCUUUGAUUUCCAUUUUAUGUUUGUCAAAACUGUAUACAUUUAAUUUAAUUUUUGCCGUAAAUUACCAUCACUAAUAAUAUGCAAUAAACAUUUCCUUGAAGAAAAGUAAA